CUUUGGGCUCUCGAGGCUCUUUUUUUUUUUUUUUUUUUUUUACUCUCUCUCUCCCCACGACAGCACUUCGGCUCUCUUUUUUUCUCUUCUUCUCGCCGUUUGAUUCUCGCCCCGCUUGGUGUCUCUCUGUCUUGCCGUCUCCAGCGCUUAGCUGUGAUACACAAAUCCACCGUCAGCUAGAUUGGUGCUUUCGCGCACCCAUCAGCGUUUCGGUAGACAGAGACAGACAGGCAGACAGACAGGCGGAGGGAAAAAGAAGAGAGAGAAAACAACAUGCCUGCUCUGCCGCCUUUUCCACGACGGCCGAUCGGCGAGCUUGCCAAACCCCCCCAGCUCUCAGCCUUUGCCGCCUCUUCAUCGCUUCCAACAAGAGCAAUCGAUAGCGACGCCGCCACCCUCGUCGCUCGCCAGCAAGAGUCACCCACCUUCGUCGUCAUCCCCGAGACGUACAAUGCUACUCACAGCUCCCUCUCGACCGGCGCCAUCGUCGGCGUUGUCAUCGGCUCCGCCGCCGGCUUCAUCCUGCUGCUGCUGAUCUUGUACACCAUCCUCGGCUUUGGCCCGCUCUCCAGCCUCUUCCGCACCAAGGAAGUUGUCGAGACCAAAUCGUAUGUCUCACGAAGCAUGCUGAGCUCGGCACGCCCAAAGACCAAGAAACCCAGGAGAAAAGUACCCACAAUGCUGUCGAUCCGACGAGAACGCACCACGAAGACGACCAAGCGCAGGGCUGAGAGGAGAGGGAAAGCGCCUGAAGUAGUCGAGCCCAUGAGGAGAAAGAGGGAGCCGUCACCACUGACCACCAUCACUUCAUCGUCCUCUGGGGCACCCGGCCGAGCACCAAGAGACCAGUUACCCUCCGACUACGACGAGGAGAAUGAAGUGGUUGUCAUUGAAGAGACUACGCCGUCCUCGAAACGGCACAGCCACAAAGCCGGUCCGUCGAGGAACACGGGCAAGGGGAGAAGAUCGAGCAGCCGGAGAUCCGGCUACAGCGAAGACGACGACAGAAGAUACCGCCGUUAAACUGCCACUUGACAGUUGGCACUUGAUGAUUAUUCCCUCUUUCUGUAUCUUUUUUUUCCCUUGUCUCUUUAUGUUGCAGGCAAUGUAUGAUGAUGAUGAUGCUAUGUCGGGCGCUUGUUCAAAUCAAUUUAAUAGAAUAGUUACUAUUGGCGUAUUUUUCUUAGGCAAACGAGCAUAUUAGCGAUGAUGAAUGAACAAGUACCUAUGCUGGAUGGCGCAAUUCGAUGUUUCCACUACACAUCCAACAUUAAUACACUAUACAAUUUAUACGCUCAU